UUUUAGCCGAUCGAUUAAAUUUUCGGGUCAUUAAUGCAAUCAAUCAAUCAAUUGCAAGAAUAGGUAAGAGGGUCUAUUACGUUCACUUCAUUUCCAUCAUACCACAAUUGUGUCACCGCUUUACACGAAAAUGGGUCUGUUUAGUAAUCCACCACCGAUCAAUGAUGAUCUUCCAAGUGAUGAAUCCGUUCAAAAGACAUUAGAGUUGCGCGUUCAAGAUGGUGCAGGUGUACCACAUGCACUUGGCUCCCUUCUAAAAGGAAACGAACGAACAAUCUUGGUGUUUAUUCGUCAUCAUCAUUGUGGUGCAUGUAUGAGUUAUGUAACAACUUUAUCCGAAAACGAAACAUUCAAACAAACAACCGAACAAUCCAAAACAAAAGUUAUCGUCAUCGGACAUGGAUCUUUCGAGGGGAUCGAAUGGUACAAAAAGAAUGCAGAAAGUUCCUUCGAAAUGUACGUUGAUGAAUCCAAAAAGGUUCAUGAAGCACUCGGAUUCAAUAAUCGUUAUUUGGGUAAACCACAAGAUGCGAAACCUGAUUACUUCAAAGGCAAGUCUAUGGGACAGGUCACAAUGGUCUCAGUCAAGCGUGCGUUGUUUUCUGGCGGCUUGGCUUUGAAAGGAGGUGACAUUGCACUCUUGGGAGGAGAAAUGGUUCUCGACAAAGAUUUACACUGUCUCUUCGUGCAUCGUAUGCGUGAUACUCAGGAUCAUACACCUGCUGAUAAGCUGGCCGAGUACGUGAUCGUCUAGUCGUCAUCGCCCAUUUACAAAUUCGACAUGGGUCUUCCAUUACCUUCGCUUCAAUUAUAUACCAGUAUUCAUGCUCUCAUACCCGCCAGCAAUCUGCUGUGCUAUCUCAUCGCUUUGGCAGAAUCAGUUUUAUAUGUGUCAAAUAUUCCUGUAGAUAAGAAGCAAGAAACGAUGUCAGCUAUAUGUGUCAAUUAACAAAACAUUUGCUUCUUGUUCCUUCUUGCAAUUCAUCCCAGAUCUCGUUGAGCACAUGAGUACUUAACAAAUUUCUCUCUCUUUUUUAAAAUCAGAUAGGAGCGAAAGACAUUUUGAAAGAUAUGCUUGCGUCCGCAUUGUGUUUUUACACUCAGCGUGAACUAUGCUAUUAGUGACGAUUUGUCAUCCUUUUAAAAAAGAGAAAGAGAGAUUUGCGAUUGAUG